CAACACGCGACGCGUUCGUAUCGACGAAGGACCUCAGCGUUUUUUUGGGGGUAGUUUCAACUGCCGUCUGUCCGUGUCCACGUGAAAAACAGAAGAGUCUCUGAAAACAAACAUAAGGGACAACAGUGAAAUGUCUUGUUUUGGCGGAGAUCCAAACUUUUGCCCAGAAUGUGGAAAUGUGCUCCCUUUACCAGGGGCACCAGAUACUAUUACAUGUCCUCGCUGUGCCUUUAUUAUCCCUGUUCGGGAAUUAGCAGAUCAAGUCAUAACGUCGUCUGUAGUGUUCAACCCAUUAGAACCCAUGGUCAGCACUGGAGAGAGUGAGGAAGAUUCUGAGCUAAAAGGCCCAGUGAUUGACAGGCGGUGUUCCAGAUGUAACAAAGAAGGAAUGGUAUACCACACACGUCAGAUGAGGUCAGCUGAUGAAGGGCAGACUGUCUUCUUCACUUGUAUACAUUGCAGAUACCAGGAGAAAGAAGACUCUUAAUGGAACAGAAUAUUGUUACAAUGGAGCGUAAAUUGUAUGAAUAUAUAAUCAAACUAUUUGAAUUUGUGAAGUGAAGUUUAAAGGAUUUUCUUUUAACAUAGAUAUACACUGUGUAACUCAGUCCAACACAUUUGCUCUGCUGAUGUAAAUGUUGCUUCAUGAUAAUGCUGGUAAACAAGUCAUUAUAAUAAUGAUGGAUUCAGCAAUAAACUAAAUAUUGUAUUACCUUGUA